CACAACGGUGGAAUCGGACCUUAUAUAUAAACAAGUAAUUAAAUAAAAUAUAUACAGAAAGGCCAUCUUUAAUCAGCUUAUGCUUUCCCAUUUGCUUUCCUAAUCAUUGAGUUAAAUUUCGAACGUGGUCUUUAUAAUGACGUCCCUUAGAUGCGCGUAGACACACCAUUUUGCGUUUAUUGUGCUUUUCUUUUACCUACGGUUUCUCACAUUUCUCACAUUUUCUAGUACGAGAAAUGAGAAUUCGUUAAUCGUUUCGAUUUUAUUUUUAUUAGUAGAGUUGUGACAUUGCUUGGUGGUACACGUUCAUCGCCGGUGUUGUUUGGUGAAACGGUGGUUGUUACUGUAAAUUGUUAAAUAUUAAAGAAAGAAAUGGCAUUAUUUCGACGUCUUACAUCUACAAAACUAACAGAAACCUCCAAACUAACAUCACAAGUAUCUAUUAUCCUCAGACAGCUCAGUGAUGCGUCCACAGAUCUCAAAGCUGUUCUUGCAGCAAAAGUACCAAAGGAACAAGAACGGGUCAAAAACUUCCGUAAAACACAUGGUAAUGACAAAGUUGGAGAAGUUACCGUUGAUAUGAUGUAUGGUGGCAUGAGGGGUAUCAAAGCCUUGGUUUGCGAAACUUCCGUACUCGACGCCGACGAAGGUAUCCGAUUUCGCGGUCUAUCCAUUCCAGAAUGUCAAAAAGUUUUACCAAAGGCGCCGGGCGGCCAAGAACCAUUGCCGGAAGGUCUGUUUUGGCUCCUGAUGACCGGAGACGUACCCACCGAAGCUCAAGUUAAAGCCAUUUCUAAGGAAUGGGCCGAACGUGCAGAAUUGCCUUCCCAUGUUGUACACGUCCUCAACAAUCUACCCACAUCGGUGCAUCCAAUGUCCCAGCUCUCGGCAGCUAUAACAGUACUUAACAGCGAGAGUAAGUUUGCAAAAGCUUAUGCCAGUGGUGUACAUAAAUCAAAAUACUGGGAGUAUGUUUAUGAAGACGCGAUGGACCUAAUAGCCAAACUUCCUGUAGUAGCAGCGACCAUCUACCGUAAUUCAUUCAAAGACGGUUCCGGAAUCGGAGCUAUUGACACAUCCAAAGAUUGGAGUUACAACUUCACUACCAUGUUGGGCUUCGAUGAUCCUCAAUUCAUUGAAUUGAUGAGAUUGUACCUUACCAUCCACAGUGACCAUGAAGGUGGAAACGUAUCGGCUCACACUGUACAUUUGGUUGGCUCGGCCCUCAGUGAUCCCUACCUGUCAUUUUCAGCCGGUAUGAAUGGAUUGGCUGGUCCACUGCACGGUCUUGCAAACCAAGAGGUACUUGUCUGGAUCCAAAAACUUCGUCAACAAGUUGGUGAUAAAGCAACCGAAGAACAGUUGAAAGAUUUCAUCUGGAAAACUUUGAAAUCUGGUCAAGUCGUACCUGGAUACGGACAUGCUGUUUUAAGAAAAACAGAUCCCCGUUACACAUGCCAAAGAGAAUUCGCCCUCAAACAUUUACCUGAUGACCCUAUGUUCCAGUUGGUGUCCAAUGUAUACAAAGUUGUACCCCCAAUUCUUCUUGAACUUGGAAAAGUUAAGAACCCAUGGCCUAAUGUAGAUGCUCAUUCUGGUGUUCUCUUGCAGUAUUAUGGACUUAAAGAAAUGAACUACUACACCGUUCUGUUUGGAGUAUCAAGAGCACUUGGUGUGAUGGCGUCCCUUGUGUGGGACCGUGCAUUGGGUCUUCCAAUCGAAAGACCGAAAUCUAUGUCUACGGAUGGUUUAAUGAAGGCUCUCAAAGCUAAGUAAGACAAUUUGACGAAUUAUUUUUGUCAAUAAGUACUUGUAGCUGAGUAGGUAGUGAAACAGUUACUUAGGAGCCAU